AUGGCUCUACGUACACACUUCGAGGGGCACAACGACAUAGGAGUGUUUGCGAAGCUCACAAACAACUUCUGUUUAGUUUCCGUUGGUGGUUCAGAAAAUUUUUACAGUGUCUUCGAAUCGGAGUUGGCCGACAAUAUACCUGUUGUUCACACCACUAUCGCCGGGAUACGCUCUAUAGGCAGACUUACAGUUGGAAAUACGCAUGGGUUGUUGAUACCGCACACAGCCACAGACCAAGAGCUGCUUCAUCUCACUAAUUCACUCCCGGACAAAGUGAAGGUGAUGCGCUUAGAAGAGAGGUUAUCUGCCCUGGGAAACACAAUAGUGUGCAACGAUUAUGUGGCACUAGUGCACCCAGAUCUUGACAAGGAGACUGCUGAACUCGUCAGCGAUGUUCUUAAUGUAGAGGUCUUCAGAGGGGUUAUCGCCAAUCAAUCCUUGGUUGGUACGUAUUGUGUGCUUACCAAUCAAGGAGGUCUCGUGCAUCCACGCACCACCAUCGAUGAACUGGACCAGUUGAGCAGUCUCUUACAGCUACCACUAACUGCUGGCACAGUCAACCGAGGCAGCCCUGUCAUUGCUGGUGGCCUGGUUGUGAAUGACUGGACCGCAUUUUGUGGCAUGGAAACUACAAAAUUAAGCUGCCUUUGA